GUUUGCCCAUGGCUUCGUUUCGGUCUUCAUGGUUCACUAUCUUGGACUCUGUGCUAAGCUACCUGAGCCACCUUCCCUAAUGACGUGACGCCGAUCUCGGCCAUUUCCAUGUGCUUCGCUCUAUCUCUCUCUCACAGUUCCUUCAAGUACACCGAUUCUUUCUCCCUUUCUUCCUGAAUUUAGUUGCAGAAAAUCCAGGAAGAUCCGAGAUCUUCACCUUCAAUUCGGCGGGAACCUCUCUUUCUGGUUGAAUCUUCACCAAUGAAGGCUGCCAGCCAAGCUGCAAAUCAUGUCGUCGCCUUCGAUCACAAGAGGGACACAUACGGGUUUGCUGUGAGACCUCAGCAUGUACAAAGAUACCGUGAAUAUGCCAAUAUCUAUAAGGAGGAAGAGGAAGAAAGAUCAGAAAGAUGGAAGUCUUUCCUGGAUCGUCAAUCAGAGUCUGCUCAAUUACUUGUUAAUGAUUUAUCAGUGGAAAAUGAUAAAAAGGCAUCGCAUGUAGAAGUUGUCAAGGAGGAAUUAGAUUCUAGUAUAGAGGAGGGCACUAAAGGAGAAGAUCCAAACAGCCAUGAUUCUGAUUUUGACAGUAGCAAUAUCGCUCAGAAUGCAAAUGGCUUGAAAAAUGAAGACGUACUGUCAGCAAAGGGGACAAAAUCUCACAAGAUCCAAAUAUGGACUGAAAUUAGACCAUCACUUCGAGCAAUUGAAGACAUGAUGAGUGUUCGUGUAAAGAAAAAGAAAGAUUUAUCAAAUAAUAAUCAUGACACUGGAACCAGAAAGCUGUUUUCUGCUAUAGAAGAGUCUAAAUCACCACGUGGAGUGUCUGAGGAAGACUCUGAGGAUGAGUUUUAUGAUGUGGAAAAGUCUGAUCCAGCACAGGAGGCUCCUUCAAGUGACAGUGUCAAUAGCCAUGUGGUGGGGAUUCCGGCUUUUUUGUUGCCUGUCGAAUCUUCAUUUCCAUGGACAGAGGAGCUUGAGGUCCUUGUGAGAGGUGGGGUACCAAUGGCUAUUCGGGGCGAGCUUUGGCAGGCUUUUGUGGGUGUUAGAGCAAGGAGAGUUGAAAAUUAUUACACAGAUCUCCUAGCCUCGGAAACUAUUUCUGAGAACAACGUGGAAAAUCCUAGUCUUCAAUCAGACAGCUGCAGCAACGGAUCAUCUGCUGACUCUGUGUGUAUAACUGAGAAAUGGAAAGGGCAAAUUGAAAAGGAUUUGCCUCGUACUUUUCCUGGUCAUCCUGCUUUGGAUGUGGAUGGUAGAAAUGCAUUAAGGCGUUUGCUGACUGCAUAUGCUCGUCAUAAUCCCUCUGUUGGUUAUUGUCAGGCCAUGAAUUUCUUCGCUGGCUUAUUAUUGCUUCUCAUGCCCGAAGAAAAUGCUUUUUGGACCUUAAUGGGAAUUAUCGAUGACUAUUUUGAUGGGUAUUACUCCGAGGAAAUGAUUGAAUCUCAAGUAGAUCAACUUGUAUUUGAGGAGUUGGUGCGUGAGAGAUUUCCUAAAAUGGUCAAUCAUCUAGAUUACCUCGGAGUGCAGGUGGCAUGGGUUACUGGGCCGUGGUUCCUAUCCAUAUUUAUGAACAUGCUGCCAUGGGAAAGUGUUCUUCGAGUUUGGGAUGUUCUUCUUUUUGAAGGAAACCGUGUCAUGCUUUUCAGAACAGCACUUGCACUCAUGGAGCUAUAUGGCCCUGCUUUGGUUACUACAAAGGAUGCUGGAGAUGCUGUGACUUUGCUGCAGUCACUUGCUGGCUCAACAUUUGACAGCAGCCAACUUGUAUUGACUGCUUGUAUGGGUUUCCAAAAUGUUAAUGAAACUAGAUUAAGAGAGCUGAGAACUAAACACAGACCAGCUGUAGUCACUGCUAUUGAGGAAAGAUCUAAGGGGCUUCGUGCUUGGAAGGAUUCUCAGGGUUUAGCUUCUAAGCUUUAUAUUUUUAAACAUGAUUCGAAAUCAACUAUUACAGAAACAAAGAACAGUUCCCAAAUAAAUGGUGAUUUGUCGCGUUCAGAGUCAGGGUCCACCAAUGCCGAUGAAAUUCUUAUUUCAUUGGCUGGGGAAGAUGAGGUUGAUGCUGUUUCCAAUCUUCAAGAUCAGGUAGUGUGGUUAAAGGUUGAAUUGUGUAAAUUGUUGGAGGAGAAGCGAUCUGCUAUUUUAAGAGCGGAGGAACUGGAGACUGCUUUGAUGGAGAUGGUUACGCAGGAUAAUCGUCGGCAGUUGAGUGCUAGGGUUGAGCAAUUGGAACAAGAGGUUGCUGAGCUGCAACAGGCUCUUGCCGAUAAACAGGAACAGGAAACUGCAAUGCUUCAGGUCUUGAUGCGGGUUGAACAAGAGCAAAAACUCACUGAAGAUGCACGAAGAUUUGCUGAACAAGACUCUACCGCACAAAGAUAUGCAGCUCAAAUGCUUCAGGAAAAAUACGAAGAGGCUAUUGUUGCACUUGCAGAAAUGGAGAAGAGAGCAGUUAUGGCAGAAUCAAUGCUGGAGGCAACCUUACAGUACCAAUCUGGCCAACUCAGAGCACAGCCUUCCCCCAGAUCUGUGCAUUCUUCUCCCAGAUCUUUGCCAUCGGACUCUUCAUUACGAAGCAGCCAGGAUUCAGCACAGGACUUCCCUGCAAGAAAAGUAGGUUUGCUUGGUCGACCAUUUGGGUUUGGCUGGCGUGAUAAAAACAAGGGAAAACCAUCCAAUCUUGAGGACCCAAAUGAUGGAAGCAAGACUACCGAGGAGGAAACUACAAUCCAGAAAAAAACUACUGAAGAAGAGGCGCAAAAUCCAGGCGUUGAGGAGAAACUCACCAACGUCCUCCACGACAAGGAGUAAAACUCGCAUUUUGAAUAUGGUACUCGUAGUAUAUACAAAUUCCAAUUCACCAUUAUCUUGAAGUCGCAUUUUCUGUAUCUGUAUAUCAAUUCAAGCAAUAGUUUUCAAGGUUCGUUUCUCUCCGUUUGUUAAUUAAGCAUGGAAAUAAAUAUCAGGUAGAACCUAUUUUUUGGUUGAUUCUUUGUUUGUUGGUUAUGUUAUAGGAUAAUAAUUGUGUAAUCUUUGUAUCAAAAAUCUUGUCAUGGCUCCUAUUUAGUAACUGCCUUUUGAAUUAGGCCUUCAUGGA